AUGCGCGGCGAAGUCUGUCACCUCCACAUUGGGCAGGCUGGUACCCAGCUGGGCAACGCUGCCUGGGAAUUGUACCUUCUCGAACAUGGCCUGAAGUUUGACGGUCACCCUGACCCCGAAGCGGAUGUUGGUGACCCUGGCUCCUACGAGACCUUCUUCAACGAGACCAAUGGCAAGAAAUUCGUCCCGCGCUCCAUCUUCGUCGACCUUGAUCCCUCUCCCAUCGAUGAGAUCCGCACCGGCAAAUACAAGUCACUGUUCCACCCUGAGAUGUUGGUCAGUGGCAAGGAAGAUGCUGCCAACAAUUAUGCCCGAGGCCAUUACACUGUUGGGAAGGAACUGGUCGAUGAUGUGCUAGACAAGAUCCGCCGAGUUGCUGAUAAUUGCUCCUCCUUGCAAGGCUUCCUCAUCUUCCACUCUUUCGGAGGUGGAACCGGCUCUGGGUUUGGUGCUCUCCUCCUCGAGAGACUUUCCGUUGAUUACGGCAAGAAGUGCAAACUCGAAUUCGCCGUCUACCCUGCUCCUCAAGUAUCUUCAUCGGUGGUGGAGCCUUAUAAUGCCGUUCUGUCAACCCACAGCACCAUUGAGCAUGCCGAUUGUACGUUCCUGGUCGACAAUGAAGCCGUUUACGACAUCUGCCGCCGCAGUCUGGACAUUCCUCGACCUGACUACGAACACCUAAACCGCCUCAUCGCUCAAGUAGUCUCCUCCGUCACAUCCAGCUUACGCUUUGAUGGUGCAUUGAACGUCGACUUGAACGAGUUUCAAACUAACCUGGUUCCAUAUCCUCGCAUCCACUACCCGCUGAUCUCCUACGCGCCAGUGGUUGCAACUAAGAGAUCCUCCUACGAAAGUUUCAAGGUUCACGACUUGACUCUCCAGUGCUUUGAGCCUGACAAUCAAAUGGUGGUCUGCGAUCCCCGAAAUGGAAAAUAUAUGGCUGUUGCACUGCUCUAUCGUGGCGAUGUCGUCCCUCGUGACACCAACGCUGCUAUUGCGUCCCUCAAAGCCAAGUCUAGCUUCCACUUGGUCGAUUGGUGUCCGACUGGCUUCAAAGUUGGCAUCAACUACCAACCACCCAUGCCAGUUCCGGGUGGUGAGCUAGCACGAGUUGACCGCUCGGUUAGUAUGCUCUCCAACACAACUGCAAUUGCAGAGGCAUGGAGCCGACUUGAUCACAAAUUCGACCUCAUGUAUUCCAAGCGUGCAUUUGUUCACUGGUACGUCGGUGAAGGAAUGGAAGAAGGUGAAUUCUCCGAGGCAAGAGAAGAUCUUGCUGCUUUGGAGAAAGAUUAUGAAGAGGUUGCCAGCGAUAGUCUCGAGGCAGAAGACGAGACUGGCGCUGAAUAUUAA